AUGAUUGAUGGAUCUUCCAGCUUCAAGUUAGAAACGAUCAAGAUACACGAGAGGAGCAAGGGUCACCUUAUUUCUUCUGAAAUGUAUCUUAACUUAAUUGAAAAACCAGCUGCUGCUCCUGCUCUGAAAGCACAUCUAAACAUGACCAAACAAGUCAGAGACAAAAUGAAUAUUAAAUUUAGAAAUAUUCAUGCUGUAUUAAAGAACAGAAAAUCUUUCCGAGAUUACAUGUGGCUUUGUGAUCUGGAUGAAGCCAAAGGGCUGGAACCAGGAGAAACGUAUAGAAAUCAGAAAGCAGCUAAAAACUUUGCCCAGUCAAUCUGUGACACUGAGAGGAAAAAGCGAGCAGAUUUGAUGAAGAAUUGUUUUUUCACGAUAAUAAGCGAUGGUUCAACUGACUGUUCCAUAACAGAACAAGAAAUUGUCUAUGUCAGAUAUGCCAAAUGUGGUCAGGUACAUGUUGACUUUGUUGGCCUUGGGACACCUUCUUGUCCAGAUGCAGAUGGAAUUUUUCAGUGUAUUCUUAAAGUCCUCAAAACUUACAUCAGUUGUGACAGUGACAAGGUGAAAACAAGCUUAGUGGGAUUUGGAUGUGAUGGAGCGAGUGUGAUGCUGGGAAAAUAUGGGGGUGUAGCCUCUAAAUUUAGGAACAUCCAACCUUCCAUUGUUGUUGUUCAUUGUGUCUCACACAGACUGGAACUGGCCUACAAAGACAGCAUCAAGAAGAAUGAGACAUAUGAAAAAGCAAUAUCCUUAUUGAUGGGAGUAUACUAUUUCUACAAAAAUAGUCCUAAGAUGAGGCAGUGUCUGCGGAAAAUAUGCAAUAUUACAGGCACAGCAUGCCUUAUUCCUGCCCGAGUUGGUGGUACCCGUUGGAUUGGUCAUCUCUGGAGAGCAGUUGACGUGUUUUUGAAGAUGAUGUGUCCUAUCUUUGAACAGAUGUCUGAUGUAGUCAACCAGAAAUCAGGCAAAGAAUCCAAGAACAAAGCCAGGGGUUUUCUGAGAUGGAUGACAACUAGCAGUGUUAUUGGUUACCUUUGUCUUCUGAAAGAUGUUCUGAAACCUCUACACAUACUGUCAAACAAGCUCCAGGCAACUGCACUGAUAGUUCCCGAAGUGCCCAUUGCAUUAGAAUGUGCAAAGCUUACACUUGAAGUAUUCAAGGACAGCAAUGGUCCAACCCUGGAAAACUAUCUGAGAAACACUGCACAGUUCAAUGGGGUGAACCUAAAUUACCCUGCAUCCCCAGAAUCACUCACAGAUAUGAGAUAUGCGCUUGUAGUUAAUAUAUUGAAGCAUAUUGAUGACAGAUUAGAAGACCUGAAUAGUGAUACCAUUGCUGCUACCAAAAUUUCUUGCUUCAAACUUUGGCCAGAAUACAGCAAGAGAGAAGAGCUGAGGGUGUUUGGAAACCAGGAGGUGGCUACCCUUGUCCAACACUUUAAGAACAUCAUUCCUGAGGCAUUGCAACAGAAUAUUGAAGAGGAAUGGAUUUCAUUUAGAUCUGCUGUUUAUUCAAGGUAUAAAGAUGAUGUACAUAGUUUGUCAUGGCCUCUGGUUUGGAGAGAAUACCACUUCCCUGCAGUUCAAUCUGUCAUUGACAUUUGUCUGACUUUGCCGUCUAGCAGUGCCGAAGCUGAGCGGGGCUUCAGUGUUAUGAAGAGAACCAAGACAGAUGGCCGAGCAUGCCUACAAUCAACAGCCCUCAAUAUCUGCAUGUCCGUUGAUAUGCUGACACCUUCUGUAAGAGAUUUUGACCCCACACCAGCUGUUGAACAUUGGCUUUGUAAGUCAGUUGCUCCAAGGAGGCCACUCUUCAUGGAGAAUAAGAAGGGUCCUCAGACUAAGGCAUAUCAGUCUGAGCCAUCCAUUGAUGUGACAACUUCAGAGUCUGCCAUUGAUGUGACAACUCCCAGUAUCCACUCUGAGCCAUCCAUUGAUUUGACAAUUUCUGAGUCUUCCAUUGAUGUGACAACUCCCAGUAUCCACUCUGAGCCAUCCAUUGAUUUGACAAUUUCUGAGUCCAUUGAUGUGACAACUCCCAGUUUCCACUCUGAGCCAUCCAUUGAUGUGACAAUUUCUCAGUCUUCCACUGAUGUGACAACUUCCAGUAUCCACUCUGAGCAGGCAGAGAUGUCAGACAGUGACAGUGAUGAGGGGUUUGAUGACUGUUACAGUGAUUCAGAUGAAGACAAUGAAAUGACUGAGAAAGAUGUGGAGCAGUUUUUAAGACACAAUUGA